AUGGCGUUCAAUCUGGCUGAUGGUUGCAGUUUAAUCUUUCAAUGGGUGUUUAUUCCAUGGCUGCAACGAGAGCUUGAUGGGUACAAGGACCAUGUAAACAACUCUGCAAAGAGACAUGACUGCAAUAAAGUGCUCCCUCAUGGUGUGCCGAACCUCAUUUAUGAGUCACCUGAGGAUUUUUGGGCUCUUGAUUUCAAAAUCAUUCUUGAACCAAGUACUAUAGACCAUGUUCGUAGUACCUACAUUGAUCCUGAUCACGCUCUCUUCGACCUUGUCCCUCAAGAAUUCGGUCACUUCAUACAAGAUUACUAUCAUGAGCUAGGUCGCCCUUCCGUCAACCGCCAGUCAGCGUGGACCGUUUACUUGCACUUACACCAUACCAUUUCUCGGCUUUAUGAACAGCUCCCACCAGUGGUGCUCACUGACAAUGAAGAUGAUCCCUUACCACUCCUGGAAAACCACCAGGACUUACCAUUUCACAAGAACGAUGACAGAGACUACUAUAUGGGUGGUGAUGAUGAACCUGAUGUUGGAGACAACUACCUGGAGGGGCUCGAUCAUGCUGGUCUGGUGGUCUGGGAGUUUUCUGAGGAUGAAGAUGAGGCUGUGGUAGAUGAAUGGUAG